CCAAUUCUCCAAUAAUAUCUUCCAUAUUGAAUCUCUCAUCAUCUUCUUCCUCGUUUCUCUGCAAAAGCUGAAGCUUUUUUCAUUAUUCCCUCCGAUGGCUACCGAAGGGAAAACGUUUCCACCUCAAAAGCAACCAACCCAACCAGGGAAAGAGCAUGUCAUGGACCCUUCUCCUCAAUUUACAAGCCCCCAAUACAAGCCCUCCAACAAGCUUCUCGGGAAAGUGGCGCUCGUGACGGGCGGCGACUCGGGGAUCGGUCGAGCCGUUUGCCAUUGCUUUGCGCUCGAGGGUGCCACCGUCGCGUUCACCUACAUGAAGAAGCAAGAGGAGAAGGAUGCUAAGGAUACGCUUGAAAUUCUGCGGGAGUGUCAGGCACCGGACGCUAAGCAACCGAUUGCCGUUUCUGCGGAUUUAGGGUUCGAUGAUGAUUGCAAGCGCGUGGUCGACAAGGUCGUGGCGGCCUAUGGCCGGAUUGAUAUUUUGGUUAAUGCUGCGGCGGAGCAACACAAGACCAACUCUGUGGAAGAGAUUGAUGAGCAAAGGCUUGAGAGAGUUUUUAGAACUAACAUAUUUUCUCAGUUCUUCAUGGUCAGGCAUGCGCUAAAGCACAUGAAGGAAGGCAGCUCAAUCAUCAACACAACUUCGGUGGUUGCCUACAAAGGUAGCCCUCAGCUAGUAGAUUACACGGCAACAAAAGGCGCCAUCGUGGCUUUCACCCGAGGUCUUGCCCUUCAAUUGGCAACCAAAGGGAUAAGAGUGAACGGAGUUGCGCCAGGUCCGAUAUGGACGCCAUUGAUCCCUGCUUCGUUUGACAAUGAAGAGAUCGAAAGUUUCGGGUCUGAAGUUCCAAUGAAGCGAGCAGGGCAGCCAAUCGAGGUUGCUCCGUCCUAUGUGUUCCUCGCCUGCAACCAUUGUUCUUCCUACUUCACUGGCCAAAUCCUCCAUCCUAACGGUGGGACUAUUGUGAAUGGGUAAAAUCUGAAUGAGUGUGGAAUCAUUCCUAAAGUUCCAACUUUGACACUUUGACAAAAAGGUUGUUUGUGUGCUUUGUUCAUAGUAAGUGUUUGCAUUUUUUACUUUUUCUUUCUUUUGUUUUUCUAAAAUAAAAGUGUCUCCAUAUGUGCAUUUGAAUAAAGUUGAGAGGUUUGUAAUUUAUUUUUUUUUUGGAGACUUUCAUAGGUAUGGAUCUAUAUCGAAACGUGUGACUUUUA